GCCGCGCUCCGCUCCGCGCCGGCCGCCCGCGGCGCCGCCAUGUACCCGGCCUGGGGCCUUUACGGGGCGGCGGGGCACUACCCGCCGCCGCCCACCUCCAUCCCGCCGCCGCCGCUGCCCAUCCCUCCGCCCAGCGUGCCGCCGCCCGCCGUGCCGCCGAUGCCGCUGCCCAGCUACCCGCCGCCGGGCCCCGCGCCCCCCGCCGCCGCGCCUCCGCCGCCGCCGCCGGGCGGCACCUCGGGCUUCCUCAGCCUGCAGGAGCAGCACCUGGCGCAGCUGCAGCAGCUCCAGCAGAUGCACCAGAAGCAGCUGCAGUCCGUGCUGCUGGGGCCGCCGCCGCCGCCGGGGCCGCCCCCCCCGGGGCUGCCGCCGCCGCCGCUGCCCGGCUCCUUCCCGGACUGGCAGCAGCCGCCGCCCGCCGUGCCGCCGCCGCCGGUGCGCAGCUACCAGAAGCAGUUCUCCCACCGGGAGCCGCCCCCCGCCGCCCGCAAGCCGCCCCCCGCCGCCGCUUCCCGGGAGCGCGACGGCGCGGAGCCGCCCGCCGGGCACGGCGAGUGGGGCGAGCCCGCGCCUUCCGAGCCCGUGCCCAUGGACAUGGAGCUGUCGUCGCCGCCGCAGUCCCCGCAGCCCGCCGCGCAGCCCUACCUGCCCGCGCAGCCCUACCUGCCGCCGCCCGCCUCCUCCCCGCCGUCCCAGCCCUACCUGCCCCGCCCGCAGGCCUCGCAGCCGCCGCCCGCCUUCUCCGAGCCGCCCCCCUCCUACCUGGAGCCCCCCCCGGGCGGCGCCGCGCCGCCCUUCCUGCCGCCCCCCGCGCAGCCCUACCUGCCCCCCCCGCAGCCCUACCUGCUGCCCGCGCAGGCCUCUCCCUCGCAGCCCGGGCCCGCCGCCAAGGCCGCCCAGCCCCGCUUCACCCCCCCGCCCGCCGCCGUGCCCGAGGGAGGCUCGGAGGGAGGCGCGGAGCAGCGCGGCACCCCGCAGCCCGACCCGGCCACGAUGACGCCCCAGGAACAGCAGCAAUACUGGUACCAGCAGCACUUGCUUAGUCUACAGCAAAGAGCAAAAGCCCAUGCUCAGGGACAGCAGCAAAUGAAAGGCCCAAGAGUAGGGAAGGAUUCAUCUGAGCAGAGAGCAAAGUCUGAAGAAGGGAAAAUGAGUGCUUCAACUCCACAGUCUGAACCUCCUCCGCUUAAUGAAUCCUUGCCUCCAGCAUCUAAAGAAGAUGAGUCUUCUCUUACAUCCACUGAAACUCAGCUUAAUAUUGAUCCUCCCGAUGACCCCGAGGAAGAUUUGAGACUGCAGCAGUUGCAAGCAGCAGCAGCUCAAUGGCAGCAGCAUCCCCAUCACCGAGUUGGAUUUCAGUACCAGAGAAUAAUGCAGAAGCAUGCCCAGCUGCAGCAGAUAGUACAGCAGUAUCAACAAAUCAUGCAACAGCCUCCACAUCUACAGACAAUGUCAGUGGAGAUGCAGCUGCGACAUUAUGAAACACAGCAAAAACAGUUCCAGCAGCUUCAUAAAGACUGGGAGCGAUCAAUGAACCAACAGUGGCAGCAUCAGCUUCAAACAUAUCCUCAUAAAGACCAACUUCAGGAGUAUGAGAAACAGUGGAAAGCAUGGGAUGAACAGAUGAAGGUCACUCAGUCCCAUCUGCAGGAGAAAGUGAGCUCACUCCAAAAUUUGAAGAAUCAGUAUCCUGCAAAUGUUUCACUUCCACCUCCAUUUGUUCCGUAUUCCCAAUCUGCUCAGGGUGGCAUUCCUGUUAUGCCUCCAACUUUGCCUUCAACUACACCUCCACUGGUUCCCCCACCUCUAUCGUCUGUAUCUCAGUUAUCCAACUCCUCUGUCCCUUCAGGAUCCAGUUCUCAAAGCAGUCAAUCUACUGAAACACCAAGGCCAGCUCUGCUUCCCACUCCUGGUACCUAUGCAUCAAAAAUAUCUAGUUCACCUGUGUAUUCAGCUUAUCAUUCUCAAGGAAGUUCAUCCUUCAGUUCUUCAGACCACGGAAAGUCUCAAGUUCACCAUAAUAAACAAACUGAGCAAGGAUGUGGGGAACUGAAAACCCCUUCUGCGUUGUCUUCAACAUACACACCUACCAUGCAGGAUAAACCAGUGAGAUCAGGUGGAUUGCUUCCAGAUCCUCCCAGAUCAGCACGUUUUGAAGGCCCCAGAGGUCCUCGGUUUGAUGGACCUCGAGGAAGAGGAUAUGACAAAUUUGAAGGCUCAAGACCGAGAGGGCCCCGUUUUGACUCCCAGCGCUCAGAAGGACACAGGUCACGUUUUGACCGACAGAAUACUGAUGGACAGCAUACGAGUAGAUGGGGCAAUAUCCCACGUGGACCAGCAGGGCAAUUUUAUACUUCCCAAAAUACAUCACAUGCUCAUGGUUCUCGACCUGGUGGUCCACGGUGGAGGGGGCCUAGGCCUCAUUUAGGACAGCAGCAGUCACAAACAGACUCGAGAUCAGAAAACAAAGAGCCUUUUACAGACGUAGCUGGCAAUCAGCAGACUGUAAGUGGAACACAGUCACCUCCUGAUGUGAAGAGUACCAGUUCCAUUGAGCCAAAUGAAGACCUGGCAAACACUCAACAGGAACCAUCCAAAGCUGAAGUCAAAGAAACCACUUCAGACCCUCCUAAAAAGUGGACAUGGAGUUCACAUGAUCCUAACGAGCAAGUAGAAGAGUCCAAAGCAAGUACUUCACCUAUUCCAAACCAGAAUUCAACAUCCGUUUCUAGUAAUUCUGUAGCUUUGCAGUCAGGUGUUGCAAGGACAGGAGGUGCAGUAACCCCUGUAACAGGAAAUGAGGAUCUGGAUUCCACAGACAGUCAAUUGCUUGAUUCAGAUAGUACCCAGGGCUUACCUGGGCCAGAAGGCAGAGGGAAAGGAUCUUUUAUGCAUGAAGAUAGAGGCAAGGGGCAUAUAAACAGAGGAAGAGGACAGGGCAGAGGGCAGGGAGAUGGCCGUGGCUGGGGAAUGGGCCGUGGCCGGGGAAUGGGCAGGAUGGAUGGCCGAGGCAUGGGAAGAAUGGACGGCGGCCGGGGAAUGGGAAGAAUGGACGGUGGCUGGGGAAUGGGCAGGAUGGACGAUGGCCACGGCUGGGGAAUGGGCAGGAUGGACGAUGGCCGUGGCAGAGGAUAUGUGUACAGAGGGAGAGGGCAGGCUAGGCAGGCAUCCAUCCGUGGUAGGGGCAUGUUCAGGAGAGCGGGCAGCAGGGAAAGGAUGCCAGAUGGGCGGUCAGAGAGCAGGGAGAGGAUGCCAGAUGGACGAUCUGGCAGCCGAGAGAGGACAAUGGGUGGCCAGUCUGAUAGCCGGGAGAGGGUGAUGUCUAGCCGAGACAGAGAGCUAGCUGGGCGGCCAGGCAGCCGGGACAGGGGACAGCGGGCAGGCAGCAGGGAAAGAGGCCCUGUCAGGCGGGCAGGCAGCAGGGAGAGGGAGCCCAUGCGGCGGGCAGGCAGCAGGGAAAGAGUCCCUGUCAGGCGGGCAGGCAGCAGAGAGAGGGUCCCUGUCAGGAGAGCAGGGAGUCGUGAGAGAGGUCCUGUCAGGAGGGCAGGUAGUCGUGAGAGAGGUCCUGUCAGGAGGGCAGAUAGCCGGGAGAGGGAAGCAGGAGGCAAUAUGGAUAAGCCAGGUCACCUAGGAGAUGACCCUGACAACAUGCCUCCUUACUAUCGAGAUGAAGCACUCAGGGGUUCUUGGAGUCAUGAAGAUGAGAGAAUGCAUGAGGAAUUUCCUUUGGAUAGUAGAGAUGAUCCUUCAAUGGAGCACGAACAUUUGGAUGACUGGGAAAGAGAGCGAUACUGGAGAGAUCACAACUCUGAUUAUCAGGAUGAUUCUGUAGAUCCAUAUGAUAGAGAUGACAGGCUGCCAUCUCACCAUUCAAUGCCUCCGUUAUCUCCAUUACCAGCACUACCUCAUUUAUCAUCUGAUCAUGACAGACGAGAUUCAUGGUGGGAUGACUGGAAAAGGCCAAGGGAGAGGGAACUAGAGAGAGAUCUAGAUAGAACUGGGAGAUCCUCAGACAUUUACGAUCAAGAUUUGGACAGAGAAUGGGAUAACAGAGACUGGGACAUGAGACCUAUGGAUGACAGAGAAAUGGGGAAUCGUGACCUGGAUAUUCCCCCACUACCACCACUACCACCCCCUCCACCUCUGGACAGAUAUCGUGAAGACAGGUGGAGAGAGGAUAGGAAUAGAGACCAUUAUGACAGAGACCUCCGAGACAGAGGUGAGCUGAGAAUUCGAGAGUAUCCGGAGAGAUAUGACACGUGGCGGGAGAAACAGGACUUUGUUCCUGAAAGGAAUGAUUGGGAGAGGGAACGGUUGUCAGAUAGGUGGUAUCCAGAUGAUGGAGACAGAGUAAGAUCUUUGGAUGGUCAGCUGGAUUCAUCUCUUCUUCCACCUUCACAUUCCUCUGAUAUGCUGGGAACAGAUUCCAACCUGGACUCAGAACAGUCCUUGGGGGGAGUGAUGGUCCUGAGCCAAAGACAGCAUGAAAUAAUUCUGAAAGCUGCCCAGGAGCUCAAAAUGCUUCGAGAGCAAAAAGAACAGCUGCAAAAGUUGAAAGAGUUUAAACCUGACAUUUCCACGCAGGACUCUCCAAGAUCACAGAACACAGGCACGAGACCAGGUGCCUUCCAGGUCUCUUCUCAGCUAUCUUCAGAGGCAACAUUAGAAGCCCAAGCUAUUAAACCUUCUCCUGCUGUUAUUAUAAAGCCUCCCGUGUUGUUCAGACAGCCCACCCCUGUGACAAGACCACCUGCCCCACUGGCAAGGCCUGCUACAGCUAUGACAAGGCCACAUACUCCAGUUUCUACUCCAACUACAACCCCAAGUCAUGGUCAAUCUUUAAAACCAUCACCUUCUGCUGUGGAACAGGAACGCUGGGAUGAGGAUUCUUUCCACGGACUCUGGGACACAAAUGAAGAUAAAGGAGCAAAUAUGGAAUAUGAAUUACGUAAACAGGAGUCAAUGAUGCCUCCACCAGUAUCCUCGCCUGUGAAAGCACCUGCUGUUCACACCUCUGUUCCGUCAGCUGUACCAGGAACGCUGCCUCCAGUUAUUCCACCGGUUCCUAAAGCACCUGUAAUUCAGCAAACUGUGGAUUAUGGCCAUGGGCGAGAUAUAACCACCAGUAAAGUGGAACAGAUUCCAUAUGGGGAGAGAGUAACUCUGCGUCCAGAACCUCUACCAGAGAGGCAAACAUUUCAAAAAGAGCACCCUGGUCGUUACAACAGAGAAAGAGACCGUGAGCCCUAUUUUGAGCGUCAAGGCAACUCAAACGUGGAUCACAGGGAUUUCAAGAGAGAGCGGGAAUUACACAGAGAGCGUGGUUCUGUGGACUAUGACCGAGAGAGAUUUGAAAAAGAGCGUCAUCCCCGAGAUGAUAGGGUUCUUCCUACUGCGCCUUCAAGAACUCCAUCUUACCGUGACAAGAAAGACCAUCCCUCCUCCAGGAGGGGUGGAUUUGACAGACCACCAUAUGAAAGAAAGACAGAUCGUCCAGCAUAUGAUCAUGGGCCGUCCAUGUUUGGAGAAAAUUCUUCUGUCCAAUCACUGGAAUUUGAAGGUGAUCGUAGAAAUUUCCCUGAGGAAAGGAUUCCUAUUUCUGCUCCAUCAAUGCCCCGGCAGCCACCACCUGCUCCACGAGUGGAAAGAAAGCCAGAAUCUAAAAAUGUAGAUGAUAUUUUGAAGCCACCAGGACGAGACAGCAGGCCAGAGAGGAUUGUAAUCAUCAUGAGAGGGUUGCCUGGCAGUGGAAAGACGCAUGUAGCAAAACUCAUCAGGGAUAAGGAAGUAGAGUGUGGAGGACCUGCACCAAGGGUGCUCAGCCUGGAUGAUUAUUUCAUCACUGAGGUAGAAAAGGAAGAGAGAGACCCAGAUACAGGGAAAAAAGUAAAAAAGAAGGUGAUGGAAUAUGAAUAUGAAGCUGAUAUGGAAGAGACUUAUCGUACCAGCAUGUUUAAAACUUUCAAAAAGACAUUGGAUGAUGGCUUCUUCCCCUUCAUUAUCCUUGAUGCUAUCAAUGAUAGAGUGAGACAUUUUGAGCAGUUUUGGAGUGCAGCAAAAACCAAAGGUUUUGAGGUGUACUUGGCUGAAAUGAGUGCAGAUAACCAGACCUGUUCCAAGAGGAAUAUUCAUGGACGCAAGCUAAAAGAUAUCAGCAGGAUGUCUGAUCACUGGGAGGCAGCACCACGUCACAUGAUGCGCCUGGACAUUCGUUCUUUGUUACAAGAUGCUGCUAUUGAGGAGGUAGAGAUGGAGGAUUUUGAUGCAAAUAUUGAAGACCAGAAAGAAGAAGCCAAAAAGGAUACAACAGAGGAAGAAGAGAGUGAACUGGGUUACAUUCCGAAAAGCAAAUGGGAGAUGGACACUUCUGAGGCAAAGCUAGACAAGCUGGAUGGUUUGCGGACUGGCACUAAAAGGAAACGUGACUGGGAAGCAAUUGCCAGCAGAAUGGAAGAUUAUCUGCAGCUUCCAGAUGACUAUGAUACACGUGCUUCUGAACCUGGAAAGAAGAGGGUGCGGUGGGCGGACCUAGAAGAAAAGAAAGAUGCAGACAGGAAAAGAGCCAUUGGUUUUGUUGUUGGACAAACAGAUUGGGAGAAGAUAACAGAUGAAAGUGGUCAUCUUGCAGAAAGAGCCCUCAACCGCACCAAGUAUAUAUGAAAAAGUGGUUAAGUGGAAUUUUGUGCCUUUAAGGCCACUUGCUCUGAGGAGAUGUGAACCAAGGUGUCAUGAACAUCUUGCAUGGGUCAUGUCACUCCCACCUUCACUGUUUUCAUUUGUUAUUUUAGUUUCAGCAGUUUUUUGAGAUGUUGGCAAAUACCCAGUGCCCUCCAAAAAAAAAUAAUCCCACUGCUCCUAAAUGAGAGAAACAGUUUACUUUUUAAUAUUUUUUGGAGGGGAGGGAGGGGGAGGGCCAGUAGUUUUAGCUGCUCUUAGUGGGAUAAAGUGGAAGGAUUAGACAGAUGUUACCUCCACUGUACUGUCACAGAAUGUUUUACCACCUUUGCUUUGUUGCUGUUCUCGUUUUAUACUGUAUGUACCUUGUAGCUUAUUGUAUUAGGAAGCAGAACAAUAAAUUUCACUAUAAACUCUGUGUUCUUGGUGGACCAUAUAGCAUGGAUUUUGUUUCACCUUUUAAUGUGGUCUGUGUCUUCACAUGUUGACAGUACUCAGAACUGUCCAUACCUGGAAGAGGUGCUGUGCUCGUAUUCUGGAAUGUGUCCUGUCUUCUAGGUUGAUCACCCGCUCUUCUUCUCAUAGACAGCUCUAGUAAGGCCUCAACUUUUGCUGGCCUUAGAAAUUACACCAUACUCUUUCUCCAUGGAAAGUGGAGAUGAUCAUUUUCUGGAUCCUAGUUUGUCUGCUAUGUCAAAUUUCCAUUACUACGUGAGUAUAAACUGUUUCGGAUGGCUCUGAAAUACUCCAAGUAGUAAUGUAUGAAGAACAUCUAUUUAAUGCUGAACUUGAGAACAGGUACUACAGAGUUCUGUGGAGAGCAGCCUAGAAAAUUUAUUCUGGUCUUUCUGUACCUUUGAGGGAAUGCUGUUCCUUACCAGGGUUUUUUCACUCCAUUCGUAAGUCUACUGUCUUAUAGAGGAAUUUCUGUAAAAGAAGCAACAAAGACCAAAUAUUAUAACCUUCUAUUCUUUUAAUAAAUGUUUAACUUGCUGAAAAAGAAAAAACAAUACUCCACAGUACUAAAACUGAUAAAAUUUCUUCAUAGCUGGCGGCGUACCACUUCUGCACAGUAUCACACGUUUGCUGGUGAAAACUUUGUUUUGUCCACUCAAGUUUUGAAGGAAAUACCUUGUGUUAACAACGUCAUAACCAGUCAAGGUGUUUAAAUCUGAAAAUAAUUGUUAUUCUAGUGGUGAAUUGAAAUCUUUCUCCUAAUCUUUUUGAGGGAUGCUAACAGAGUCCAGAAUUUCCUUCUUUGCUCCUCUUUGUUGCACUGCUGAGCAAUCAUAUUGUGUUUUUUUUCUAUGUUGGGAAAUCAGCUGUUUCUGCUGUGGCAGUAGUUUAUGCCAUUAAGAAGAGCAAGUGAUGCUUAAGGGUGAUUCCAUUUGCCAUUCUAAUGAUUCAGUUUAUUGGGCAUUUAUCAACUUUGUCUGUGUUGUAUGAUUGAAACCUCUUUGGAAAAAAGUGCAUGAGUGUAUGAACUUGCAUUAUGCCCUUGAUGUUUUUAAUACAAGAAAAUCAAGCUUCCUGAAUACAAAAACGGAACAUGAAGACUGUGCUCUUUUUCUAUAUGUACACUAUGAUGUAGUGUAUAUGCUCCCUUUCUAAAUGUUGUCAAGUGUUCUUUGAAUUCUGAUUGAGAAUUGUUGACAAGGGAAAACCUAUAGUUGGCAAAAGGUAGUAGACUGUGUAUUACUGUGAAAAUCCAGCACCAGAGAAGCUUCUCUCUCAAGUACACGUCAAAUGGUUUUCAACCUACUGUAAGUACUCUGUAGCAAAACUAGAGUUCUUGUGACACUCUGCUGUUACAAUUUGAUGUUUUUUUCUUGACUUCAGUUACUGUUUUCUCUGUAUUUCUGAUGGUAAACCUAAACCAGGUCCUGUCUAACAGUUUCCUUCCAAGCUAAAUAAUAUUUAGUUAAAAGUAUUUACUACUUUUAACGAUUUUGAAAAGUAUUUCAGCUGAUAACACUCAAAGGGAUCGUGCUGAUUUUUUUCUGUGGUGAUCGCAAUUAAAUAGAGGUUGCAUAUUAAAGUUAUGCUUUAUUCUGAUAAGAAAGAAAAAAAUGUAUAAAUUCUCAAAUUUAGGUCAGAGUUUCGUCUAUGAAAACAGCUUGGAAGCUGUUGCCAUUGUUUUCCCUGGCUCCGUGAAGUUCUGCAUUUUCCAUUGCCAUGCCACAUAGAACUCAUUAAGUGAUCUUUGCCAUCUGUUUCAUCCGGUUUGAAUGUUUAGCAAGUCAGUUUUCUAUCUGCUUUAUGCUAAGUGGCUCUCAAAGAAAAUAACGUUUUGCCAGAAUUGCACCCUGUAACUGAUUCCACGUACUCUGGUUCUUUGUUGAAUGAAGAAAUUAAACAAAAAUGAGAAAUUUGUCUGCUGCUGGCAGAACUGAGAAAAACAUGGGACUGUCCAACUAGGUUUAUAGUUGUCAGAGCUUAUGAUCAGUGCUUUCUUUUUUGUCUGGAAAAACCUUUGCUAUAGAAUCCAGGAAGGCUCGAUUGUGAUUUAGUUGUUUUUCAUCUGUUCUCUGAUACUGGCAUUAGAAUCUCUCACUGCACUGACCAGAAAAAAAUGCCUACUUUCAUUGUUGGCUAAAUAGGAAAAUUUGCAUUUAGUGCUUCUAAAUAAUGAUCCAUCUUGAACUAUGCAUGCAAUUGUGUUAACUUCAAAUUGGACUGUUUCUGUCUAGCACAGCACGUCUGAAAAUACAACCUUGCACAAGGUCAUUGGUAGAAACUGCAGAAUUGAGCUCUCAAGCAAAGUUGACUGUUUAAAGAGUGUUUGCUGGGAUUUACAAUUUCUUAUGGCACUUCAGUUUUUCUCAAUAUUAUCUGCUUUGUUAAGAAUAUUGGAACUACCUACCUUAUGGAAGGAAUAAAUGGGCUUUUUACAAGGGAACUUGCAACCUAAGUCAUGAUGUGAGUAUAUUGAUAGAGCUUAGUUGUCAUCUUUAGCCAUCUUGUGUGUUUUACUCUAGGAUUGCUCAUUAAGCAUAUUGGCCUGACUAUGGUAUGCAAGAGUAAAAAUCCACCAUAUACUACUACAUCACUUUUGGAAAUUUCAUGGUUGUCUCUUAAAUGUUUGCAUCAACAUAGACAACCAACCUUGCAUUAUUAGUUCCUAUCUUUACGAGGGAAGAGCUGGCAGUUGGUACAAGUUGGAUCUCUGCUUUUCUUGCCUGUCUGUUUGUAAACAAUAUGUUAUUGUUAAUAUCUGUUUUUUAAAGUAUUGCCUUAACUGUCUUCCUUUUGGUUAUGAAGAUUAACUAUGAUGAUUAACUAUCUUCCUUUUUAUUAUGAAGAAUAACGAUUUGUAAUUUACAUUGGAAAGGAUACUUCCAGCAGAAGAAUGGUCUCCUUGGUUAGUGUGCUUUGAAAUUAGAAGAACAAGACCUCAAGCUGAAAUCUGUUUUUUUUUCCAAUUUGAGAACAUCUCUGGAACACUGUGGGAUUCCUUUUCAAAGAAAUGAAGUAAUUCAGCCUGUAGAACAGCAUGUUGCCCCCUAAACAACUUCAUUGUUAGCAUAAGGAAGGUAUUAUUUGCCAAUAUAAAUCCAUUUAUUUAUUGUGGCUAUCAUGAAUUGUUACAUGCCCUUUGGACUCAAUUUCCCAUAGCCGAUUGUGCAACUUUAUUAAUAGUACUGCCAUGAAAUUAUGGAAACACAAUAUUGAACAAACUUCAGGACAUGAAAAAAUGGUUGAUCUGGGAUGAACACAAAUGGAACUUUUUGCUUUGAAAUUCCUAAUAAUUCUGCCAGCUGCUAACUGAAUCAACUGGGCUGAAACUCAACAUCUCUCUUGGAGUGUUGUAACCCAGUGUAUGUUUACUGGAAAAGAGAAGCAGUAAUGAGAGUCUUUUUGCGUGGCAAAUGCGCCUGGUCUGCAUCCUCGAAGUCAAAUGCUGGUGAUGUGGUGUUCUUUUUAUUACACUUCUCUUCAUUAUUUAUUGUUUCCCAGAUUACUUUUGGGAAACCAAGUUGCAAUACUUCACUUGAUCCGUGGACAGUUUGGGGUCAAACUGCACCAAUACAACCUGCAUACUCUGAGAUAAAGUGUUUGAGGAACACAGAUGGCCAUUUAAAUUGAGCUCUGCAUGCCUGCAGCAUGAACUGUAAGUGGAUGACAAGAAAUUCAAGUUCUUAAAGUGUCAUGAAACACUAAUUUAAGUUGGUUGUCUUGUAGUAAAAAUGAGAAGAGAGAGAAAUUCCUUAGAAUGUAAAAUAUGAAUGGCGCAAUUCUCUUUAUUUUGAGCCUAUAAUUCAACCUUCAUUACUCAUAAAAUUUGACUCAAAGUAGAUUAGAUUAAAGUAGAUGCAUUCCUUUGACUCAAAGUAGAUUUCUCUUUUGCUCAUACGUUCCUACAUAUGAGAGUCCAUAUCAUCCUUCCUGCAACUUUUCCACAUAAGUUUUCUGAUAUAUGUUCAAGAUCAUCGAUCUCUUUCUUUUUCACAGUGAAAUUCUUUUGUUUCACUCUUGCUGCUGGAUUUUUCUAGUGAGUGUGAAAUCUUUCUACCACUUCUAAAUUUCUGUAGUAUUGGAUCUGUAGCCUGGAACCUUAGACCUUCAUGAUGUAUGUAGGCUGGAGAAUUGCUAAUGACUGUAUUUGAGGUGGAUUAUCACUUUUUAGCUGGUUGAUGAUGUUUGGGAGCAGAAUACACCCUUCUGUUCAUGGUUUUACUUAAAUGAGGUAAGCAUAAGUAGUACUGUUGCCACACACACACAAAGUACAGAGAAUUUCUGGAAAUUCAGAGAUAACUAAAAGUGUUUUGAAGUAGUUGAUUAGAUUUCUAGUCAGGAGUCUGAUCAAUUUGAAUUUUAGGAUUUAGAAUUUAAAAUGAAAAUCCUUAAAGCUGUCUGGAUGGAAUGUUUUUUUCCUUGUAUUUUUCUAACUCAUGAAAGACUUGCGUGGAAUCUCUAGACCUUUCUCUGGGGUUUGUAUUUUAGAAUUGGAAUCAUUCAAGUCUUUCUCCAUAUUGCUUCCCUUGUAUUUGUGCACAGGGACUAUGUUUGUUUCCUCAGCCGGUUGGGAUAAGAACAUAUAAGUGGAUGUUCAGCUUUACACAGGAAGUUUCUGACAUGCUUUAUUUGGAUGGCAUGCAAACUAUCCGGUGUAAGCCCCAUAUUCAUGCCUGAAGUUGCUCUGUUUGAACACUUAAUCGUCUCAGGAAUACAUGGAGACCCCUUCAGUUUAACAGUUCUUGAAAUCGUUGCCUUGUUUAGAGGGAAAUUGUAAGUGCAGUGUUUCUUGGGGGGAAGUGUUUUAACAGGUAGGUAACACAGACAGUGACUACAUGCUAUGUGGAAGGCAAGAUAUCCAAAGCAGCAUUUAAAAAUUAUCUUUUUAUUAAGUUUUUGUAUCACAUAAACAGCAAGAACGGUUUUCUUGACCACUGUUGCUGAUCCAGGUGGAAGCCUUUUCUCUUGUAGCUUCUUUCUUCUGAAUAUACUAUAUUGCUGUUCAAAGCACAGAAAACAAAGCCUUAAUGAAGGGCAUCUACACUGUUUCAAUUUAUCAUUCAUUGUGAAUGCUGAGAACUCCUGUACAAGUGAUCAGAUUUCUGGUGUUCUUUGAGGUGUUUGCUUUUCCACUUCCUUUGAACUCAAGUUGCCAAAUCCUUUUAUUUGAAGAAGAUGUGGACAAAUUAACUUAUCUGAUAGAUAUCAUUGUACUCUUCUGUUUGAAUCUCACAGAAACUGAAAUUUUCAGGUAAUGGCAGCCAGAUGGCACUAAAACUUUGUUUUCAUGUUAGCGUUUAAUUGGAGAGAAAACGUAAGUCUGAAAUUCUUUCCACCAUCACUUUAUUUUUGUGGUUUCGUAUUGCCCACUACAAUCUUAAAGUAUUAAGUUCUACUUCAUGAAAAAGCCAGCACUUUUCCAUGGAAAAAAAACCUCAGUGGUUAAACAUUGCACAUUAAAGCUACAUGCUGCAUAAAAAUGGAACGAGAUCUUCAUUCUACCUAAAUGAGAGGUAUUGAAAUGAAAUUAUCUUUUUAUAUCCUGCCAAAACUUGACAACUCCUGACAUCUAAGGAAAAUUGGGAUUUAACUUGCUAGUAGCUGCAUUUGGUUUGUGGAGUCUAAGUAUACUGUAGCAAUAAAUAAUUU